UAUGUAUAAUUUAGUUUCUGUCAUGCUUUAUUGGUAACUGUGUUCUAAUAUUUUGAUCAACCAAUAUUUUUAUGUACUAAUGUUUGGUCUUGUAACCAGGUAACCAACUUGCUCUGAUAUGGUAUAAUUUAUUAUCUUCACAAACCUAUAUCUGCUUUUCCAUUUUCUUGAUACAAUAAAUUAAAUAUGAAUAUGUACAAUAAAGUCAUGGAAAAAGGAUUAUUAUAGUUGAAUAUAGUAGCAAAUAUGUCAGUGAAAUUUUUCCAUCCUUAUCUUUUGCAGUUUUAGUAUUUUUGAAGUUUACACAAUUUUGUAGUUAAUCUUUGGUUUCAUAUUACAAUUUGAGAGUUGCUUUUAAUAUUGAAAAAUUGUUGCUUAGUGUUUCUUGGUCAUCAGUGACUUGUUCCAAACUCUAGUUGUUAGUCCGUAGGCUGACGAGUCCCCUUUUUAGCAGUGAUCUUUCCUAUCAAAAAUUCGUGGCAUCUGGUCAUGGUGGUUAACAUGACAGUUAUGAAGAGAUGAUCCAGAACUGUGUAAACCAAUUUUUUUGUACUUCAAUGAUUACAUUGAAUGUAGAUACAGUAGAACCUCGAUUAUCCGUCACUUUACGAUAUGUCCAAGGGUAUGACGGAUAAUCGAAAAGAUGGUUGACAGAACAUUAAAAAAAAAGGUAAAAAUUAAUAAUACAUACAACUCUCAAAUUAUAUUUUUUGUAUGUUUUGUUUUUGUUUGAUAAUAUAAGAGGAAUUUGUGUUCCUGUCAAUAUUGCCGAAUUUAUUUUAAAAUAUUCUGAAAUUUUUGUUUGUUCUACUGAUGCUUCACAUUUUGCAAGGGCUGAAUUUCUUAAUCGGCAUAAGAUCAUGCAAUCUACUUUAUUGGAUUCUUCUUGUCGAGAAUACCAGUUGAUGAAUGGUUGCAUGUGCGAUGCAGCUUCUCUAGCUUCUUUGGGCAAAUCUUGGUCAGUUGCAAAAGCAUAACGAUGGCUUAGUGUGAAAACCUCAUAUCUCAUUAAAUUACAAUUUUACAUGAGAGGCAAAAACUGAUUUUCUGCAUAAUAUAACCUAAAAACAAAAAUUACGUUACAUAUUUUUAAUUCGAGCACAUUGAGACAAACAUCUGAUACUGGCCCAGAGCUAAAAGUGUUAAAUGUUGCUAUUAAAUUGGAAAUACAAAUAUUAACUAUGAAAAACACGUAAAUAUCCUUGCAGUAUAUAGAGCCUUUGCCCAAGUAACUAUGAUAACCUCGUAUAUCUUGAUAUACGUGUUUUUCAUCUCAAAUGAGGUUGUGUUUAUUAUUUACUAGGUUUUCAUUUUUCAUAGCUUAUUGCACACCUCCAAAUACUAGGUCGAUACAAUACAAAUCUUUUGAUUUAAGGUUCAUAAAAUGUUUCUAUAUACCGGACUACAUUUUGUUCACAAAAAAAACACUUCAAAUUAAGUACCAAAUUCUUGGUUAUAAAUAUACGUGAUAUUCACACUAAAUCAAGAGAGCAAUUGAGAGGUAUAUGUGGUUUCUUUUUUCGGCUGUAGAAAAGAGUCUAGUGCAUUUGGAUUCUUUCUAUCAGUUGUAAAUGGUGAGAUACAAGGUUUUCAAACUAAAACCACCAAAAUGUCAUUUUCGAAAAAAAUUGAGAUGAGGUUUUCACACUAAGCAAUCGAUAUCGUCACCGUCAAAUUCAAAGUUUGUGUCAGCUUCUGAACCUGUUUCGUCAGCCUCUGUUUUGCUAUUUCAACGAUUUCAUCAUCUGUCCGCAAUCGAUAGCCGUUUGAGUCCUCAUCACAAAUUAAUUAGCCAUUCUUUUAUGUCAUCUUUAGGUAACGAAAACAAUUGAUUCAGCAAUAACUUCAUUUGUUCAUUGUACAUUUCAGCGAAUUUCGUUUGGCUUACUGCAAUGCUAAAAAAUGAAUUCAUGACUCAAAUUUUGUCUUAUGUACUCAAUACAACUUAUGUUCAGACCCUGACGUUUAACAGAGGUGACAGUUAAUGGAGAGACGGAUAAUCGAGGUUCCACUGUAUUUCUUCUUUAAUGUAUACUUCGAUGUGGAAUUAUGAAAUUAUGUCAUCAGUUACAUUUAGGUACAUUUUGAUGUUGAAAUAUUUUUGUUUCUUCGACAUUGUUUGAUCUGGCACAGGGUGCAAGGCGAUUUGACAACUGAGUUUCUCUUUUUGUGUAGUUUUUAAUCUGAUCUAUACAAUUUCUUUUCUUUUUAAUUUCAUAUGGACCUUUCCAUUGUUUUGUCAAAAAACUGAAAAAUUAUUUCACUAGUGUAUCUGCAACUGUAAAAGAUUUGUUAUCUGGUAUUGUAUAUUUGUAAAAUCAAGUAGCACACCAGCAUGAGGAGGUCUUCAGUAUUCCUUGCAGGUCAGACUUCAUGGGGAAGUUCGCAUCCCCGACACGGCGCGUCCCAAUGACUAAUAGGGAACGUCCAAUUGAUUUAUAGGACAGGUGUGAAUAAGGUAUAACCAAAUAAACACCCGCAGAUCAACUGAGAGCAUGACAUAGGGGUUGCAGCUAUGUCAUUAACUGUAGAUUUUCUGAUUGAACAUGACACCCAUGCACAAACACAAAAUACACAUCUGAUAAACAGCUGUUUGCGCACCUACACCACUCAAUCAUGAAAUCAGCAGGCAGUCGUACCACAGCUGGCUCACGCUAGUGUUAACAGCUACUGUGCACCCCAAUCCCGAGGUGUAACACCAUCGCGCCCAGGGGAUGAAUGGUACAGGGGGGAAAGUGUGCCUUAAGCGAUGCCCCAGAGAGAUGGCGAACUCUGGGGGAUUACAGCCUUAGCACGGUACGGGCGCACUGCCGUGCUGGACAGAAUUUCGUCCCAACUCGUGGGAAAAAUAUGGAAACUGAUAUAAACACAAAUGAAGGAAGUGAUGGCCCAGAAGAGGGCAAUAAUGUAAAUAAAAAUAUAGAGCGAACAAGCAGGGAGGCGACUCCAGUUGCAGACUCUGGUCCAAACACCGAGCCAGAAGUUGUUCUAAAACUAUCAGACUUUGAAUCAGAAGAUAUCCUGAGACUAGCAGAUUCUGAGCCAGAGGACGCUCUGAGCAUAAAAUCUGAGCCUGAAAACGCUCCCAGAACAAAUUCUGAGACUGAAGAUGCUCCGAGAACAAAUUCUGAGACUGAAGACGCUCCGAGAACAAAUUCUGAGACUGAAGACGCUGCAAAAACAAAUUCGGAACUGGGAAGCGCCCCUAGAACAUCAGAACCGGAAGGCGCAUCGAGAACAAAAUCAGAGCCAGGUGGCACUUCAAGAACAAACUUGGGGCCAGAAGACGCACAGACAACAAACUCAGAGCCUCAACCCAAACGUCCAUCUGGAGCCCAGAAUCGCAGGCUAAAACAAGCGCAAAAAAUGGCCGCAGGUACAUGGACUGUCGAAAAUCCACACAAAGCAGCCAAAAGAGCGGCAGAAUUAGAAGCUCAAAGUAUGUCUAAAAAACCUAAUGUGCAGGCUAGUGGGGUCACGAUGCUGAUAAGUCACACUGAGGCAAUAGAACCUCCGAAAACAAAUCCUGAGCCAGAAGGCGUGAUCAAACUCUGGCCAAGAAGAAACGAAAUGCCAGAAGGGGUAAAGCUCACAAAAGCUGAGCAAAAAAGAAAUCAGGAGUUAUGGAAAGCACAAAAAAUAGCUGCUGGUUUAUGGACUGUCGAAAAUCCAAAGGAAGAAGCUAGAAAAAAGUUAGAAGCCCGAAUGUCUGCGAUGAUCAUUCACAAACAACAUCCUUCUACUCAGUUAAAUCGUGUACAGGCAGACUUUGUCAUUCGUAAACUAGAGCAAGCAUUGGAUGACUCUCCCAUUGGAAGUCAGACUCCGCUGCAAUUCAAUACAGCGACAAUCAAGGAAGGGGCUGUUUUGGUGAAAUAUGCGAACGAGUACACGAGGAAAUGGAUUGUGGAUGUGGUGGAGGCUAUCUGCAACAUGUAUGGUGCUGACUUAUCUGUGGUAGAGUUACAAGAUUUGCCCAAGCUCGCCAAGGUUAUAUGCUCCAUCCCUGACAAAACCGAAGAAGUGACAAUCAGGACCCGCUUAGCGAAGCAAAAUCCAGAUCUUAAUACAGAUAUCUGGGUAUUAAUAAACCGGAAGAUGGAGGGAGCUGGACAAACCUUAACAUAUUCCAUCGACGAAGAGUCAAUGAAGGCAUUAAGGAGUACUCGAUUUAUGGCAUAUUACAGACUUGGGAAGGUGUCUUUCAAGGAACAGUACGUUCAUAUUCCUCAUAUUCCUCUAAAUCGAUCGUAAGGAUAAGAGCCUUAAAACUAUCUAAUGAGUCAAAAUUUAAGUAUGCAUUAAUCUUGCACAUAUCAGUCGAUAUGAAAUACACUGCACGUCAUAGAAAAUGGUAACCCCAAAAAAUGGAUCAUGUUUGAUGUCUAGUGUCUCCUAAACCUCUAGUGCGAGUUAGGUAAUUUUUUAAACAUGUUAUAGCCUUAUUCUUUAAUAAUAUCUCUGUAAUAAUAUUGUUGCUAAACAGGUAUGUUUGAUUCGGGUGUACAAAUCAAACUGUUUUUUUUUUAAAGUUCGCAACACCCUGUGGAAUAGUCCAACAUUUGAAUGGUGGGCUACAACAAUGUUGUAAGCGACAUAUUGGGUCAAAGUGAGGUUUUAAUACAAUAUUAUUGUAUAUCCAAAGACCAAUGCGAGCAUCUUUCAAUCUGGCUAAAAACAUUUUGCCUUCCCCGAGUUUUUCGUACCGCAGUGUUGGUAUCCAUAUGUUCAUAAAUAGCUUGUAAAUGUUUUUUUCAUCUCCUGCAUAAUCUCAAUUCUGUCGCUUACAACAUUGUUGUAGCCCACCAUUCAUUUAUAAAAUACUGAAAUUAAAACCCACCUAUUAGCCUCAGGUUUUCUUAACAUUCUGUUUUUUGAUUCAUUCGCUUAUGUUGGAUAAUACAAAAGUUAGGUAUUUUAACAACUAGCCAUGUUCUUCAUCAGUAUAGGGUGUUUCUAAAUAAGUGUGACAAACUUGAAGGGGUAAUUCUGCAAUAAAAAAUAAUUACAGUUUGCUUUAUAAUCGUAUGUCCGCAAAUGCUUCGUUUCCGAGAUACAGGAUGUUGAAUUUUUUCUUACAAACUGACGAUUUAUUUAUUUUAAAACCGGUCGAGAUAUGCAAAUGAAAUUUGGUGGUUAAUACAUAAUUAUUGCGCAUUUUUUGACAUGCAAUUACGAAUUUUAUAUUCACCAUUGGCGCCCAUACGGAUAACAAGAACAA